GGUCCACUUUUCAUGCAAAAGAUAAAGUGAAAGAGGCCUGCUGUAAAACACUAUCUGACCUGAAUCUGGAAUAUGUGGACCUCUACCUUAUUCACUGGCCAAUGGGAUUCAAGGCUGGUGAUGAGAAUUUUCCUUUGGAUGAGAAUGAUUUGAUAAUACCAAGUGACACCGAUUUUCUUGACACUUGGGAGGCAAUGGAAGAUUUAGUUGAUGAAAAAUUGGUUAAAGCUAUAGGAGUAUCCAACUUUAAUCAAGAUCAGAUUGACCGGAUCUUGAAGAAACCAACUUUGAAAUACAAACCUGCAGUUAACCAGAUUGAAUGCCACCCUUACCUGACUCAAGAAGAUCUGAUCGCCUAUUGCCAUUCAAACGACAUUGUUGUGACUGCCUAUAGCCCACUGGGAUCUCCAGCUAGACCAUGGAUAAAAAAAGAUGACCCUAUACUUCUCCAGGAUCCUAAACUCAAGCGUAUAGCAUGUCAGCAUGGUAAAUCAACAGCACAAGUCUUGAUCCGUUUUCAGAUUCAGAGAGGUUUGGUUGUAAUUCCAAAGUCUGUUACCAAAAAGCGCAUUUGGGAAAACUUUAAGGUUUUUGAUUUUAAGUUGAGUGAUGAGGAAAUGAAGACUAUCCUUUUGUUCAACAGGAACUGGAGAUGCUGCCCAUUUCAUUGGUGUAUUAAUCACAAGGACUACCCGUUCAAAUAAACUUUUAAACGUGUACUUCAAGUGGAACAUCCUGGUCACGUGUUUGAAAAUUUGUGGCUUCUCUAUUUAUAGACGUAAACAGUAGAAUUAAUUACUAGGGAUCUAAAAUACUCCAUUUUUAAAAAACUGUAUACUAGCAUGAUUUACAUCCAUGGUGAACAACUGAAGUAUUACAUCUCUGUAACUGUACUUUGAUAUAUUUUAGAAGUUACUUGUUCUUAUUAUGUUCAUAAUGCAGACAAACAUUUUAGAAUGUAAUGUUGCAAUUCUGCUUGGGUGCCUCAUUGUGUUGCUCUGCAAAUCUGGGAAUUGCAGUCACAUUGCUCACAAUUUCCUGGUGUGAAUGGUUGGAGGGUGAAACUCAUGCUGGUGACAUCAGCUUGGAGCAUUGACCUUCUGUUCUAAUUUGUGAAGCACAGCAAUCUUCUUGAUUUGUGUUAUAUGUCUUUGUUUAUCACUUAUAAGCCCAAUAAUAAAUAUAAAGGACAAAGAUUGAAAUAAACUUAUUAUUGGCCCAAAGACAGCAUUACAUUGAGCAGAGCUUUGUCAUUGUGUCAAGGCAGAAACCAAUUCCAUAUUGCACCUUAGUGGACAGAAUAAUUAAUUUAAAAAUUAGUUAGAAUAAGUCAGGAUUCUUCUAAUCUUUGAAUAUUGGAUAACUAAAUAGUCAUAAUAUAGAAAUAGGAACUGCUGGAAAGACUCAGCUGGUCAGGCUGCAUUUGUGGAAAGAAAUACAGUUUAUGCCUGAGUCUAAUAUAACUCCUUUUUGGAACUUGAAUAAGAGACUGAUUCAGUUUCAAAGUGAUGGAGAUAUUAGCUGGAGAGCAGGGUUUUGAUAAGGACUGAAGGCUGUGGGCUUAAUUUUGCUGGCCCAGUUGGUGUAGGUGGCACCAGGCUGAAAAUUAGGGCAGGGUCACAUUUUAAAGAGAUACCUGAUCCAUUCCCACCUUUGAGGGAAAUUCCCAGGGACAGACAUAGGGAUUAAAAUCACAGAUCACUCCAAUGACACAGUCAGUAGCCCCAAAUAAGCACUUCUGUCCAAUGUUUACAGGAUUUUCCUGACAUUAGAUCAGCAGAACCUGACUGUUCUUGAUAUGAUUUUCUACUCUGGAGUUGUGGGUGCUGAGAUGACCUAAAGUGCAAUGUAGGAUCUACACAUCCUAACACAUGUGGGGUUUGAAGAGGAAUUGGGUAGGAUGUUUGGAUUUCCUCAUGUUCCUUCUAUUGUUUGCAUUUGAUCUCCUCCUGGACUUUUCGUGGAUGCUUGAGAUAGCUGACAACUUCAUGAAAGUUUCUGAAUUUAAGCAGUCCAAGGUUCCUUGAUGUGCUCCAUUCAACAAUACUGACUGUUUCUGUAUCCUUGAUGAGAGCCAUUUAGUUCUUAGCUCUCAAUGGGAUAGGUCAUUGCUUGUGUACAUUUUGAACUAUAAUUUAACUCAAGUCCCAUUGUCUGUUGCCUGAAUGGUUAAAGUGCAAUGUGGUGAGUAUCUCUCUUUACAGAGGCAGCAACUUUCCUGGCAUAUACUGAUGCUUGUUUCCAGGUUUGACUUGGGGCAUGCAAUCUACACUCCGUCUCUGAGUCUCUCCAACAUCUCUGGUGUCUUCUCAAUCAAGUCUGACUCAAUUGCAGACUUUAUGACCUUCUAUUUCAAAUUUGCCAUGAGUUUUGGCCACUGAAAACUAUUACUUAUUAAUUCAAAUGUGCUGAGGGUUGUGGCUUGGAAAAUGAUAUUAUUCUGAUUGACUUAGGUGGAGCUAAAUUCUAUUGGCUCAAGGUGUAGUAGGUAAGGCAUCUGAACUUAGGGCUUGGAUUAGUACCUGGGAGAAUGAUGUUAUUGAUAUCACUGAGACUUGGUCGAGGGAAGGGCAUGCUGGGUAACUAAAUAUCACAGGAUAUUGAUGCUGCAGGUGGGAUAGAGAGGAAGGUAAAUGGGGUGGAGGAGUUGUUGGUCAGAGAGGAUAUCCACAGCUGUGCUGAAGGAGGGUAUUAUGGAGCACUUGAUCAGUGAGGCAAUAUUGGCAGAGUUCAGAAAUAUCCCCAAGUGCUGGGGCUGUACUACAGGUAAUCCCAACAGCGAGCUUGAGAUAGAGGUACAAAUAUGUGUGCAGUUUUGGUCGCCAUA